AUGGCCGCAAUUCGUGCCAGUCGCAUUCGGAACCCCGCAUUAUUCGUCUGCGAUAUCCAAGAGAAAUUCCGCAAUGUGAUCUAUGAAUUUCCCAAGCUCGUAACAACAACGACCAAAGUGGUCCGCGCCGCAGAAAUCCUCCAAAUCCCGACCUUCAUCACGACCCAGAACCGCGCCAAACUGGGCGACACCAUUCCCGAGCUGGCUUCGCACCUGAAAGGCGAGCACAUCAAAGCCGACGUCGACAAGACCCUGUUCUCGAUGGUCACGCCCGAAAUCGAGAAGCUGCUGCCGGUGAAGGCGCAGGAUCCGUUAGAUGUUGUAAUUGUGGGUAUUGAGACGCAUAUCUGCGUGACGCAGACAGCACUGGACCUGCUGGCGCGCGGGCACCGUGUGUACGUGUUGGUGGACGGGGUCAGCAGCGUGAACGCGGAGGAGCGGGGCAUUGCGCUGGCGCGGCUGAGGGAUGCGGGGGCUAUCGUGACAAGUAGCGAGAGCGUGUUGUUUGAGAUCGUGGGGGAUGCGGGGCACGAGGCGUUCCGCGCGAUCAGUGGGCUGGUGAAGGAGACGAAGGAUGAGACGAAGGGGGCGUUGGGGGUGUUUUCGAAGAUUUGA